GCCAGCGACCGAGACUGCAGCAGGAGCAGCAGCAGCAGCAGGAGGCUGUGUGCCUUUGUUAGCUCUGCUUUGAAAAGUACCACCAGAUAAAGAUCAUUUUUGGAAAAUGAUCAUCUGUACGAGUAAAAUGGAUUAUCCCCUGAGAACCCAGUGCCAGCGAGUCCAGAAGCAGGUAAUGGUGAACGGAGAGAAAGAGCGAGUGUCACUGCUCUUCAUGAAGGCUUUAAUCAGCAGGGGGAGCGUCGACGCCGUGUCCCAGCAGAUGGCAUCUCACCCUCAGUACUUGGAAAGCUUCCUGCGCACACAGCACUACAUCCUGCACAUGGACGGCCCCCUGCCGCUGCCGUACCGCCAUUAUAUCGCCAUCAUGGCUGCAGCUCGACAUCACUGCAACUACCUGGUGUACCUGCACUCGGCUCAGUUUCUGAGGGUGGGCGGCGACCCGCUGUGGUUGCAGGGCUUGGAGGCAGCCCCCCCUCGCCUUCGCCUCCUCAGCCACAUCAACAAGGUGCUGGCCCACCAGCCCUGGCUCACGGCCUGCCAACACAUCCAGACGCUGCUGAAGGCGGGCGAGCAGUGCUGGUCGCUGGCGGAGCUGGUGCAGGCCGUGGUCAUCCUGGCCCACUGCCACUCCCUCUGCAGCUUUGUGUUUGGAUGCGACACAGACUCGGACUUUGUCCCGCUGUCUAAGUCUCCUAACGGCACCCCCCCAACCUUCUGCCCCUUCGACGCUGCCAAUGGCAACACCGCCGUGCCUCAGCCGCUCGCUGCUCCCACCGAACACAAAACACGACGACGGUCUCUGGACUCUAGCUGUGACUUGACGGGUCUGAAGGAGAGGAUCCAGAAGUCUCAGGAAGAGCGUGAGAAGAGAGAAGAGCGGUUCCUGCAGACGCAGACACUCCAGCAGACAGACAUGGAGGAAGAGGAGGAGAUCCUGUGCUUCGCAGACCCGUCGCGUUUCAUCACAGAUCCUGACUUUUGCUAUCAGGAGUUCGCACGGCGGGAGGAGGAUCACUUCCAGGUGUUCAGAGUUCAGGACUACUCAUGGGAGGACCACGGCUUCUCCCUGGUGAACAGAUUGUAUUCGGACAUCGGGCACCUCCUGGACAACAGAUUCAGGAGCGUGACCACACUCCCCUCUUUGCACAGCCCCGACCUGAAGCGGGCCAUCUGGAACUAUAUCCACUGUGUUUUAGGAAUACGCUAUGACGAUUACGAUUACGGUGAAGUGAACCAGUUGCUGGAACGAGAUUUAAAGCUGUACAUCAAGGCUGUGGCCUGUUUCCCAGACUCCACUAGAACUCCUGUUUGUCCACGAAGUUGGACUCCACUUAAAACGUCAGAACGGAUAUGUGUGAACUUGCUAAUCAUGGAGGCGCGCCUGCAGGCAGAGCUGCUGUACGCGCUGAGAGCCAUCACCCAGUACAUGAUCACCUAAGUGCUCGGAGAGCCACAGACUCCCGGACUCUCUGCGCAGCGAGACGCGAGGACGGAGACACCCCUGCAGGACGAGAGCGCCGUUGGCCGACGCCGUGCCUCAUGAAUGUGCUUUUUCUUUUCCUCCGAUCAGAUGUAUUUAAGCCGUAGUGUGCCACGCCCUCCCUCCUUCUCUCUCUCUCCUCCCUCCUCCUGCAGAUUGUCUCAUUGUGAAGUCUUCUUCCCCAGCAUCCUGGCUGUCAUAGGUUAUGUGCAAUUCUAGCUGGUUAUUUUAGUUCUGUGUUGUCUGGUGUUCCAGUUCAGCCCGACUGCAGCCGUUAGCUACCAGCGGCCAUUACUCUCCUCUCCUUUUUUUUUGUAUUAACUAUGCUUUCCCCCCCCAAAAAAGUAUCUUUUUGUACAAGGUGGAUGAAUGUUAAUGGGGCCUUUUGUUCUAUGAUAUUUUGGGUUCUUUUGGACAAUCCCAGUCAGUGUUGGAGGCAGAUUGACAAAGUGGAGAGUGAAGGACGGCAGGUGUUUCUCUCUCUCUCUCUCCCCUUGAUGUUUUGUAUUAAUGCUGGUCACGAACAAACACAACGGUGACACUGCUGGACGCUAUCACAUCACUAGUUUCUUUUAAUAAGCACUUUUUAAAACUUUAUAUAUUUAUAAUGCGACGUACGGUGACGGGAGUCUUGAGGGCGUUCCGUCUUUUCUCUCCGCUGUACGCUGCGUACGAUUUUGUUUUUGUUUUGUUUGUCCUCAAACUUUCAGAGUUUGCUUUCUCUCCCAAUUUCUGACUGAAGGUACUCGAGUCAAGAUGUUUCAUUUCAUACUUUGUUUCUGUUACAUUCAGGGCAGCACUUAAGUGGAGUUUGGAAGUAAUGUGAAAAAAAAAAGAAAGGUAGGAGAACUAAUCCGAAGAGGUCAGAGUUGUUUUUUUUUUGCUAGAAAUAAGCUGAGCUGUUCUUGUGCUGACUGACUUAAGAAACGAUCAAAUCACAGUGAAUUUCCCACCCAGGGUCACUCCAUCUUCCACCUGAGUGACUUUAGGAAUUGGAGGAAAUGUCUGCGUGCAGGUCAGGUCAGCUUCUGGUUUUGUGUUUUAUUUCAGCUCACUGUGUCAAACUCCACGUCAGUUUUCAAAGCAGAACAAUGUGCAAACAAGCUGUUAAACACUUGUCUUUCCCCUCCCCCCCCCCCCACCAUCUUUUUGUAUUUUUACAUAUUUUUUGUAAACUUUAGGUACUCGUUUUGUUCCUGGGUGUGACUGUAGGUAACCUGUUAGAGGUGUGACGGACCGUUGUAGAGUUUAGACUAGUUACUGCAGGACUGUAGGAAAGAAACAGACGUGCAUAUCGACAAAAGCGCUGUUAACACAGGUGCCUUCAGGCUGCGACCUGAGAGCUGCUGAAGAGGACGGACGGAACUUCUCCUUCACGCCGGUGUCGCUCAGCAUCUCUUCCCGAACCGGAACUUUGCAGUCGUGAACGCCGUGGUUUUUUUCUGCAACUCAGCAAGAGCCUUUGACACAGAUGGAUGUUAAAAAAAAAAAAAAAAAAUCAACUUUAGCAGAUUAAGAGGACAAUUCUCUUGUUUUAAAAACAAAAACCAAAAAAAAAAAAACAGAACAACUUGAAAAGA